ACGCGAUCUUGGUAAAUUCACGAAAGGCGUCACACACAUGACACAUACACAGACAGCAUACACAGACAGAGGGACGCGCACAUGCACACGUCAGUGAUCGAGUGCAUCAUGCAUUCUCCGAUGUUCUUUACACAAUUAAGUACAAAGGGGCCGGGCCAGCCGCUCUAAUUCAAUUCGUCUGCCGCCCCAUUUCUUCCUUCAAUGGCCAGUGUCUGUCAGUCUAAUUAGCACCGUAGACUAGACGAGGGGCGGCGAACGAUCGAUAUACACCAACAGCAACCAAGCAAGGCAAGCAAUGAGAGGGGCACCGGACCGGACGUUGGUUGUGUUGGGUGCGUGCCGUUCGAACUAUUGGUUCGCCAGCACAUUCACCAACCUGCAGUGCACAAGGAAGGGAAUGGAGGGAGGGAGGCCAGAUACACGUGCGUGGCGUGGCGUGUCCGGCAGCUUCCUUCCCUCCUUCCUUACCAGUCGAGUCCCUCCUGUAUGCCCCUGCCCUUGAGUGCCGACGUCUGGAAUAUCGCCCACUGACGAUUCCGGAUGUUGGUCAAACCCAGCCCCUCUGACACCUACACACAUACACACAUACACACGUCGUCUGUCACUGUCGUGCCUGCCUGCCUGCCUGCCUGCCUGCCUUGUGUAUGAGUGUCUGCACAGCACCUGUGCGGCCGUCAUGGCGCCCGGCAGAUCCUGUUUGUUAGCAAACACGAGCAGGGUCACGCCCUUGAGCUCCUCCUCCUACACGACACACAUGCACACGGACAGACAGGCCAGUCGGGACUGCGUCGUGUCAUCAAGGUACGUACUGCUGGGGGAGAUGUAUUGUAUGGUCCCUCCCUCCCUCCCCUGCGUGGGGUGAGUGGCUACGGCACGCAUACCUCAAGCAUGAGUUGUAGUUCUUGUCGAGAGUCGGGGAGCCGCUCGGCGUCGGCACUGUCCACCACAUAGAUUAUCGCAUUCGUAUUCGGGUAGUAACACCGCCAAUACGGCCUGCAGCAACCAACCAGACCAAGGGGACCACAACCAAGACCACAGUAGUGCCUGCCUCUCUCUCUCUCUCUCUCUCGCGUGUGUGUGUGUGUGUGUGUGUGUGCAUGGGGCAGCCCAGUGCAGUCGGCCCCGCCCGGCCACCGACCGUAUGGAUGUUUGUCCGCCGAGGUCCCACACUUGGAAUUUGAUGUUCUUGUACUGCACCGUCUCGACAUUGAACCCUAUCGCUGCGUUAACACACACCCCGCAGCACAGCAGGCAUCGCAUCCAUCUUGCUGCGGGCAGUGUGCGGCUCGGCUUGGUUCUGCUCACUCGGUAUUGUUUGGACCACCUCGUCCAUCUGCAACCGAUCUGAGCACACACGCAGAAAAACACUCAAGAUUGCUGCGCCGAUCCAGCACUCAGUGAUCUGUCUGUCUGUCUGUCCCGUGUGUUUGUUUGUGUAGGUCUUACAGAGGAUGGUGGUCUUGCCGGCAUUGUCGAGCCCGAGGAUCAGGAUGCGGACCUCUUUGGCGCCGAAUAGCCUCUGGAACAGCUGGGAAAAGAUGAUGCCCAUCUUACCAUUCCAAUCUGGCUCCUCCUUCUCUUGAGAUGAC